GUGUGUAUGAUUGUAAAAUAUAUCAAAUACUGAUAUUGUCUCUUCCCUUUUCCUUUCUAACACCCUACAUAUCUUUGUCUCCUAUUCAUUCAUCCUCUCAUCGCUGCCGCUGGAAAGCGUGUGAUCUGGUGAACCGAGGCCAUGGAAAUCGAAAACCAGGCCAACCCAACUCACAAAAUCUGCCUCACAUGUUGUUCUUGGUCUUGGAUGAAGUUCACAUUCUUGGCUGUGCUGUAUUGCUUGAUACUGUCACCUGCAGCGGCGUAUGAUCCGUUGGAUCCAACCGGAAAUAUAACGAUCAGAUGGGAUGUUAUGUCUUGGACAACAGAUGGUUAUGUUGCUGCAGUGACCAUGAACAACUUUCAAAUGUACCGGCAAAUCCCAAGCCCUGGCUGGACUCUCGGGUGGUCAUGGGCGAAAAAGGAAGUGAUCUGGACAAUGGUGGGAGCUCAAACCACAGAGCAAGGAGACUGUUCAAAAUUCAAAGCAACCAUCCCACAUUGCUGCAAGAAAACUCCAACGGUUGUAGACUUGCUUCCCGGAGUUCCCUACAACCAGCAGUUCGCUAAUUGCUGCAAAGGUGGCGUCCUAGCGUCUUGGGGACAGGAUCCCUCAGCAGCAGUCGCUGGCUUCCAGGUGAGUGUCGGGCAAGCCGGCACUUCAAACAAGACGGUGAAACUGCCCAAAAACUUCACCUUGCUUGGUCCCGGACCGGGGUACACUUGUGGCCCUGCAAAGGUCGUGCCGUCCACAGUCUUCCUCACGGCGGAUCGCCGGCGAAAGACUCAAGCACUUAUGACAUGGAAUGUGACGUGCACGUAUUCGCAGUUUCUAGCGUCCAAGAAUCCAAGCUGCUGCGUUUCCUUUUCGUCUUUCUACAACGAAACCAUUGUUCCUUGCCCGUCUUGCGCUUGCGGGUGUCACAACAUAAAAAAUUGUGUCAAGAGUGACUCAAACUUGGCACACAAGGCAGGAAUAAACACACCGAAAAAGGAUAAUUCGCCGUUGCUUCAGUGCACGCAUCAUAUGUGCCCUAUCCGAGUACACUGGCACGUCAAGCAAAACUAUAAGGACUACUGGCGGGUCAAGAUGGCCGUCACCAAUUUCAACUACCGGAUGAACUACACAGAUUGGACGCUCGUUGUACAGCAUCCUAAUCUCAACAACGUCACUCAAGUCUUUAGCUUUGGUUACAAGCCCCUCGUCCCCUACCAAUCCGUCAAUGACACUGGUAUGUUCUAUGGCAUGAAGUUUUACAAUGACCUACUAAUGGAAGCUGGGCCAUCAGGAAAUAUUCAGUCUGAGGUGCUUAUGCAGAAGGACCAGAAUACCUUCACGUUCAGGCAAGGAUGGGCGUUUCCUCGAAAGGUUUACUUCAAUGGCGAUGAAUGCAUGCUGCCCCCACCGGAUGAAUACCCGUCUCUACCUAACUCCGGCCAUGUACACUCUAUUUCAAUCUUACAAAAGGCAGCCUCCGUGCUUCUGAUAAUGUUUUCUUUAUGUUUUUCACUUUCCUGAUAAAUUUUUGAAGGUCAGAGCGACAGAUGUGGUCCUGUGCGCGAUAAUUCGGUAUAGAUUGUACACUCUAUCUGAAUCAGUAUAAUCUCACACAAUUUUUCCA